CCAGACUGUGGAGCCUCAGGCCCCUGCCCACCUGGCCUCUCCCCAGGUCCUGCAGCCUCUCACUCUAAGGAUCUGGAAGCGAAAUCCGGGCCUCUGGGAGCUCCAGGGGAUGUGGGGAGGGGAUGGGGAGGCUGAGCUUCCCCAUGCUCAGAUCUGGUUUCGCCGCGCUUCCCCUGGCGCACUGCCACGGGCUGAGCCACCAGCUGCGCUAUAUAAGGCCUGGCGGCUGGACAGGAGAGGCGAAGACUUGAAACCCCCAGCUGAGGAGUCCCGCUCAGGACACGGUCACUGGAUCUGAGAGACUUCCCAGGAUACUACGUUCCGGGGAGGACCCAAAUCUGAAGUACCCUCACCCAUCUCCUGCCAUGUUUCCCAUAGGGCCUGGGGGAAAGAUGGCGGGGACCAAGGCCUGGGUGUUCUUCUUCCUGGUCCUGGAAGUCACCUCUGUGUCGGGGAGGCAGAUGAUGCUCACCCAGUCGGUAAGAAGAGUCCAGCCUGGGAGGAGGACCUCCAGCAUCUUUGCCAAACCUGUUGACUCUCUGGAAAGUCCUGGGGAGUGGACAACCUGGUUCAACAUCGAUCACCCAGGCGGGCAGGGUGACUAUGAGCGGCUGGACGCCAUUCACUUCUACUAUGGGGACCGGGUGUGUGCUCGGCCCCUGCAGCUAGAGGCUCGGACCACCGACUGGAUGCCUGCAGGCAGCACUGGCCAGGUGGUCCAUGGCAGUCCCCAUGAGGGCUUCUGGUGCCUCAACAGGGAGCAGCGGCCUGGUCAGAACUGCUCCAAUUAUACGGUGCGCUUCCUCUGCCCACCAGGGUCCCUGCGCCGAGACACAGAGCGCAUCUGGAGCCCAUGGUCUCCCUGGAGCAAGUGUUCUGCUGCUUGUGGUCACACUGGAGUCCAGACCCGAACACGUACCUGCUUGGCAGAGACGGUGUCACUGUGCAAUGAGGCCUCUGAGGAGGGCCGCCUCUGCAUGGACCAAGCCUGUACAGCCUGUGACCUGACCUGCCCCAUGGGCCAGGUGAAUGCUGACUGCGAUGCAUGCAUGUGCCAGGACUUCAUGCUACACGGAGCUAUCUCCCUCCCUGGGGGUGCCCCAGCCUCAGGAGCCACCAUCUACCUGCUGACCAAGAAGCCUAAGCCACUGACCAAGACAGACAGCAGUGGGAGGUUCCGGGUCCCUGGCUUGUGCCCUGAUGGCAAAAGCAUUCUGAAGAUCACAAAGGCCAAGUUUGCCCCCAUCAUGCUCACGAUGCCCAAGACUAGACUAAAGGCAGCCACUGUCAAUGCGGAGUUCGUGAGGGCAGAGACUCCAUACAUCAUGAUGAACCCAGAGACAAAAGCACGGAGAGCUGGGCAGAGUGUGUCCCUAUGCUGUAAGGCCACAGGGAAGCCCAGUCCAGACAAGUAUUUCUGGUACCACAAUGACACACUGCUGGACCCCUCCCUCUACAAGCAUGAGAGCAAGCUAGUGCUGAGGAACCUGCGACAGGACCAGGCUGGAGAGUACUUCUGCAAGGCCCAGAGUGACUCGGGGGCUGUGAAGUCGCGGGUGGCCCAGUUGACUGUCAUAGCCACUGAUGAGACUCCUUGCAAUCCAACCCCUGAGAGCUACCUUAUCCGGCUGCCCCAUGAUUGCUUCCAGAAUGCCACCAACUCUUUUUACUAUGACGUGGGCCAUUGCCCUGUCAAGACCUGUGCAGGGCAGCAGGAUAACGGGAUCAGGUGCCGGGAUGCCGUGGAGCACUGCUGUGGCAUCUCCAAAACAGAGGAAAGGGAGAUCCAGUGCAGUGGGUACACGCUGCCCACCAAGGUGGCCAUGGAGUGCAGCUGCCAACGGUGUACAGAGACCCGGAGUAUUGUGCGUGGCCGCGUCAGUGCUGCUGACAAUGGGGAACCCAUGCGCUUUGGCCAUGUGUACCUGGGGAGCAACCGUGUGAGCAUGACUGGCUACAAAGGCACUUUCACCCUCCAUGUUCCCCAGGACACAGAGAGGCUGGUGCUCACAUUUGUGGACAGGUUGCAGAAGUUCGUCAAUACCACUAAAGUGCUGCCCUUCAACAAGAAGGGGAGUGCGGUGUUCCAUGAGAUCAAGAUGCUUCGGAAGAAAGAGCCCAUCAUGUUGGAGGCCAUGGACACCAACAUUAUCCCCCUUGGGGAGGUGGCUGGAGAAGACCCUAUGGCUGAGCUGGAGAUCCCAUCCAAGAGCUUCUACAGGCAGAAUGGGGAGCCCUACACAGGAAAAGUAAAGGCCAGUGUGACCUUCCUGGAUCCCCGGAAUAUUUCCACAGCCACAGCUGCCCAGAGUGACCUGAACUUCAUCAAUGAUGAAGGAGACACCUUCCCCCUUCGGACAUAUGGCAUGUUCUCCGUGGACUUCACAGACGAGGCCACCUCAGAGUCACUUAAUGUUGGCAAGGUGAAGGUCCACCUUGACUCGACCCAGGUCAAGAUGCCAGAGCAUGUGCCCACAAUGAAACUCUGGUCACUCAACCCAGACACAGGGUUGUGGGAAGAGGAAGGUGACUUCAAAUUUGAAAGCCAAAGGCGGGGCAAAAGGGAAGAGAGAACCUUCCUGGUGGGCAACAUGGAGAUCCGUGAAAGGAGGCUCUUUAAUUUGGAUGUCCCAGAAAGCAGGAGGUGCUUUAUCAAGGUUAGGGCCUACCGGAGUGAGAGGUUCUUGCCCAGUGAGCAGAUCCAAGGCGUUGUGGUCUCUGUGAUCAACCUGGAGCCCAGGACUGGUUUCUCAUCCAACCCCAGGGCCUGGGGCCGCUUUGACAGUGUCAUCACGGGCCCCAAUGGGGCUUGUGUCCCUGCCUUCUGCGAUGACGAGUCCCCUGAUGCCUAUUCUGCCUAUGUUUUGGCAAGCCUAGCUGGGGAAGAACUGGAAGCAGUACAGUCUUUUCCUAAGUUCAACCCAAAUGCAAUUGGUGUCCCACAGCCCUAUCUCAAUAAGCUCAAAUACCGUCGGACAGAUCAUGAGGACCCACGGGUGAAGAAGACAGCUUUCCAGAUUAGUAUGGCCAAGCCACGGCCCAAUUCACCCGAGGAGAGCAAUGGGCCCAUCUAUGCCUUUGAGAACCUCCGGGCAUGUGAGGAGGCUCCACCCAGUGCAGCCCACUUCCGGUUCUACCAGAUUGAGGGGGAUCGGUAUGACUACAAUACUGUACCCUUCAAUGAGGAUGAUCCUAUGAGCUGGACUGAAGACUACCUGGCUUGGUGGCCCAAGCCAAUGGAGUUCAGGGCCUGCUACAUCAAGGUGAAGAUUGUGGGGCCAGUGGAGGUGAAUGUACGAUCCCGCAACAUGGGGGGCACCCACCGGCGGACAGUGGGGAAGUUGUAUGGAAUCCGGGAUGUGAAGAGCACACGGGACAGGGACCAGCCCAAUGUCUCAUCUGCCUGUUUAGAGUUCAAGUGCAGUGGGAUGCUCUAUGACCAGGACCGUGUGGACCGCACACUGGUGAAGGUCAUCCCUCAGGGCAGCUGCCAUCGAGCCAGUGUUAACUCCAUGCUUCAUGAGUACCUGGUCAACCACCUACCACUAGCAGUCAAUAAUGACACCAGCGAGUACACCAUGCUGGCACCCCUGGAUCCACUGGGCCACAACUAUGGCAUCUAUACCGUCACUGACCAGGACCCUCGCGUGGCCAAGGAGAUUGCUCUUGGCCGUUGCUUUGAUGGCACAUCUGAUGGCUCCUCCAGAGUCAUGAAGAGCAACGUGGGAGUGGCCCUGACCUUUAACUGCGUAGAGAGGCAGGUGGGCCGCCAGAGUGCCUUCCAGUAUCUCCAAAGCCCCUCUGCCCGGCCCCCUGCCACAAACAGUGGCAGAGGAAGAGUGCCCUCGCGGAGACAGCAGCGGGCUAGUAGGCGUGGCCAGCGCAGGCGCGAGGCAGUGGCCUCUCCGAGGUUUCUGGGGCUCGCUUCGCAGCCUCGGAACAACUAAGUCUCGUGGUACUUUUCUUCCCCCACCUCAUGCGACAGCCAUUGUGAGACUGAUGCACACAAACUGUCACUUGGUUAAUUUAAGCACACCUGUUCCGGGGAAGUUUGCUUGUUUGUUUCUUCAUGCCUUUAUUUACUGUCUUUAUCCCAUUAUACUGAUUGGCACCUAGCGCCCCCAUCCAAUGUCAAAAUAAAGUCUUU